AUGGCGGCGGCCACUUCGCUGGGAGUUCAUCAGCCCAUCGGAUUGCGACAUGCCAUCGACGAAGGCUUCCUUCCUCCGAACCCACCCUCUUCGUCCUACACCUGGGAGAUAUUUGUCGACCGACAGGUUCACGCUGAGUGCGAAGACGAGCUGUUGACCACCGACACCUGUGUCGUCUGGUCCCGCGGCGGCAUCUUUCGAAAGAGCUUCAGAUUCGACAUUGAGAACGAGAAAGUCACCCAAGCUCUCCUCACCUACUUCCCUACCUCGACAGACUCCCACCCCAUUGUCAACGCUGCCUCUUCACGGCCCAAGAAACCCACGACCGAACAGAACAAGACCGAGAAACAUGAUGCGAAGCCACUUCUCGCAAGAGCCCUCGUUGUCUUCCUCAAGACCCAAGCCCACAUCUACUUCCUCUCCGGAACCAGCCAUGUCGUCCACAUGCCCUUCGAGGUCGAGUCGGCCUGCGCCGCUCCCAUUGGCGUCAUCAUACAACGGAAACAGCGAGCGAACAAUACCCUGCCUGUCACCUUACGACUGCCCAAGGUCCCGCCGAACUCGUUCGUCUCGCCACAGCCCUCGUCCAUCUUCAACCAUACCGGCGCCGAGUUCUCUAUCGAAGGCCUGGGCCGACCUAGGGCGCUCCCUUUGAAGCUGAGCAACACGCUGGAAAACAUGUGGCAACCACCCAUGGAGACUCCCGACAGUCCUUGGCCUCGUCUUGUGUGUUUGACAGACCCUUUGCUCGAAAUCGGUUUAGUGGUGGCCCACCAGGAAAAACAAAAGACCAACAAGAGACGCCAAGCAACCUCUCCCACCUCCAACUUUCUCAGCCCCGCCGAGGAGAUUGUCCAUGUCGAGGCAAUCAAGAUACCCGGCUAUGCCUCUUCCUCCGAGGGCGAGGCCUGCGUUGCUGUCACCGUUAACAGAGAAAACAGCAUGUACAGCGUCUGGCGCCUGACCUUCCUGGAAAACGAAGAUCCUUUCAUUGGCAAGAGAAAGAAGAAACCCGUCAAGUCGACCCGUCGACGCAGUUCCAUGGCCCCUGGCAUGCCCAGCGGUGCCAGCACCCCCGUCCACCCCUCCAUCAGAGAUAGCUUUGGUGCUCCUCUUCCCGGGAAAAAGCCACGGAAAAGUGUCAGGAUCGACGAGAAGGGAAAGGAAAAGCACAAGGGCCGGGCGCUUGAGGGUGUCUUGAACUCUCUAGACCCUCAAAAGACUGAUGACGCUGCCCGCAGACAGUCUCGUCGCGUUAGCUCUCUGCUGGCCAGAGCUGACUUGUCCGCAUCCCAAGAGAGGGCGAGUUUCUCCGAGCAAACACUACAUGCUGUGCAUGGCGGUAGGAGGGGAGAUUCAUUAGGCAGUCAACGUGCACGCAUGAGCGGCGCCUAUGGCGGCUUACAUCUUGGCAACUCGUUCAGUCAUGGUCUUAACAGCCUCGCCGAGGCACCUGUCGACUCUCUGCUCGAGGAGCUCCGUGCUGGUGGGGACUUUGAGGGCUUCCACAACAUGGGCUUGGAUGAUCACGAGUUCGAUGGACUAACCCACGAGAUUCUCUUCACAAAGGUUCACACCUUUCCUAUGGAGAAUGCCAAUGUCCGCUACUCACUAGCUGACAAGCCGGCCAAGACUCAGUCGAAAGUGUUUAUCCUCGUUGGCCCUCCUACUGCCACUGACGAACAGGGCCAUGUCCAGAUUCUUCUUGGUAUCCAGGAUGUUGUCGACAAGAGAUUACAGCUCCUAACUUUGCAUGUUCCGCAUCCCGUCCCGGGUUCAAAUGUCGAGCCAGCCACGUCAGCACUCUCCUCCAAGAUUCCCAUGGUCUUCAGCGAACUUCGAAGAGCGCAAAGCGUCCUUGACUCGUGCAAGAUCUCGGAUGGAAACGAGCAGACCAUCCUCAUUCUCUCCGAGGGCAAACCCGGUGGCAGAGAGCUGAGCUUGCAGUCUCCAUGGAGCCAGCUCACCACUGUGGACGCGACUCUCCUUCUGCUUGAUGAUUUCAACAACCUCAGCUACUCGGGGACUCACAGAACAAGGACGGCGUCAUUGGAUCCCAAGUCAAACGGAAUUCGCCUGUCCCAGAUCCGCAUUGAUGCAUUGUGCCACAGUUCUCCCCGUGGAGUCAUAGAUCUAAUGGACAAGGACGGCGCAUUCCAUCGCCUCCAAAUCAAGCUUCGCCCAUCUUCUUCCCAGGUCCGCAAGGCCUUGGACGUUUGCCGAAGUGUUCUUCCUGCUUCGCAUUCCGAUCGACUGCUGGGAGGUUGGUGGCAUACUACACAAUGGCUUCGCGUCUUGAACCGACAGGAAGUAGACAGCACCACCCCGGAUCGAGAAUGGUCUUCUUUUGUCGUCUUGUUGCUGGCGAGCUUCAUUGCCCUUGGGCAUACGAACGACGCAUCGCUGGCCCUUGUUGGUGAUGGCGUCCGUGAUCUUAGACCUAGCAGUAGCUGGGAAGCCAUGGAACUUUAUACCACCCCGGGGGCAUCUGCUGAUGCACCAUGGAUGCGGAACGGGGGUUGGAAAUUCUUGCUGGAGGAUGGCCUUCUUGACACCAUCCCGUCAAGCCAAGAACCGCAGCCACCGAGUUUCAUGGCCCGUCAUAUCGAACUUGCAAAGAGUUUCAUCGCAUCUCCUGAAGGUCUGGCAGCGCUUGGCGCUAAUGGCUACCUUCCAACAGCCGUCGAGAGGGGUCGCGACAGUCGCAAUAAGGCAGCCUGGAGCAUGAUGCUUGCGCUUCACCUCCUCGUGGAAGAACAGACAUUGAGUGUCCUGUCCCCUGAAGAAGUUUCGCCUGGUCAGAGUGAUCUUAGGGCGCUACUCUGGCAGCUUGCGAGAUGGCUUGGGUGGCAGCAGUACGAGGAGCUCUAUAGCCUCGGUCUGCAGGCAGAUCUCGGCACCGAUGAUUCAGCUUCUCUUUCUAGACUGGCGAUACCUCCACCCGUGUUCAACCAUUGUGUCUUGACAUGGAUACGGCAGCAUUUCACCACCGACGACGGCCCCGAUUUCCUGACGCUUCCUCAAGUCUACGCUACCGCCACCGCCGACGCUCGUACAAGCAAUCCAAGGGAGAGGGCGUGGCGUAACAUGACUCCACGCACCUUCAUGUUCAAGAAGCUCUUUGAGCUCCUCAAAUCAGCCAAGGACCGUUUCGAAGCAGUAGCAGCCAUGCAUUCCGCUGGUUUCACUCCUCAGGUACUCGAGACAUUGCCAGAAGCCAUCCUGAUUCCCUUACAAGACUUCAUCUUCAUCUGUCAGCCUAGCCCUCCAUUGUCCUGGCCCACUGAGCUGCUGAAGCUGGUCAACCGCACCGAUGUCAGCACCAUUCUCAAACAAGUCAAGGUGUCGAAGGCGAUAGGGUCAGAACUUCAACCACCUUCUCACAUGGCGAGAUGGGACUUUCGUAUGCUGUGUCAGCAUUUGGACGACUUACAAGAACACGGUGAGGAGACUGAUGCCUCGGAGAGGCAACUGGUCGUUCGGACCCUGUUCAGGGAGGACAGGAGGCUCAAUGAGGCUCAGAACCUCUUGUCCUCGGGCAAGUCCCGCGUGCUCCGGCUUGAUCCUAAGCCAGAGUGGUCCGAGUCCGAGUACCUGGAGAAGCAAAAGGAGCUGGUUACCACUGUUGCGACCAGCACGCUUGCUAUCCCACCUGGACGUGGCUUGCUGUACUACUCAUUGCGGUACCCGCUACUUACCCAGAAAUACCACAUCAGUGGUUUCAACCUUGCAUGCAUCAUCCGACCUACCAACAACACGGUCAGUGUCGACAAGAGUCAGUUCACGGAGGAAAAGAUCAACUGGGCUUUCUUCCAUCAGGGCGUUGCCGGCGGACUUGCGAUAUCGCCACAAGCCAAAGGCAUCGACACCUCUUGGAUCCUCUACAACAAGCCCGGCCAGGACCUCAGUAACCGACACGCCGGGUUUUUGCUUGCUCUCGGCCUGAACGGUCACCUCAAGUCAGUGGCCAAGUGGGUAGCGUUUAAGUACCUUACCCCCAAGCACACCAUGACUUCCAUCGGCCUUCUACUCGGUCUCGCUGCCUCGUACAUCGGGACCAUGGACUCUCUCAUCACCAGGCUACUGUCAGUCCACGUAACUCGCAUGCUCCCCCGCGGCGCUGCAGAACUGAACCUCUCCAAGCACACCCAGACUACCGGCAUUAUGGGUAUCGGUCUGCUUUACUGCAACAGUCAACACCGGCGUAUGAGCGAAAUCAUGAUGUCGGAAAUCGAACACGUUGAAGACGGCGAGGAAGAAGAUCCCCUCCGCGACGAGUCCUACCGCCUCGCAGCCGGCUUUGCUUUAGGGUUCAUCAAUCUCGGCAAAGGCAAUGAUCUCAAAGGUUUGCGCGACAUGCGUCUCACAGAGAAGCUCCUCACCAUCGCCACGGCCACCAAGCGCGUCGAGCUCGUGCAUGUCCUCGACCGCUCCGCUGCCGCCGCUGUCGUUGCCGUGGCCUUGAUCUUCAUGAAAUCAGAGGAUCAUAUCGUAGCACGGAAGAUCGACGUCCCUGAUACUGUGCUGCAGUUUGACUACGUCCGUCCUGACAUUCUACUUCUUCGCACAAUGGCCAAGCAUGUUAUUCUCUGGAAGGGCAUCACACCUUCAUUCUCUUGGAUCAAGACAGGGCUCCCACUGGAGUACCAACCUCGUCACCGUUUGACCUCCACCACUCGUCUACAAAGCAAGGACCUCUCUUUCUUUUCCAUCCUUGCCGGUCUCUGCUUCGCUCUGGGCCUGCGCUUCGCCGGGUCAGGAAACAUUCAGGUCCGCGAUCUGCUGGUGCACUACCUAGAUGAAUUCAUCCGCUUGGUCUCAAUGCCGAAAAGCAACUUUGACGCGGAACUCGCUCGCUCAAACGCGCGUAUGUGCGUGGACAUGUUGGCACUUUCUUGCGCGACCGUGAUGGCGGGCACCGGCGAUCUAGUCAUUCUCCGCCGGCUUCGGGCGUUACAUGGGAGAGAUGACAAGGAAACCACGUACGGCAGUCACAUGGCUUGUCACAUAGCUAUCGGAGCCUUGUUCCUCGGUUAUGGGACCGCUACCUUUGGGAACAGUGACCUCGCCGUCGCGGCGCUGAUUGUGGCUUUCUAUCCCAUCUUCCCGGCAACGGUUCAGGAUAACAGAGCCCACCUGCAGGCCUUCCGCCAUUUUUGGGUGCUAGCCACGGACCCGCGCUGCCUCGUCGCCAAGGACGGGGCCACUGGUCAAAGUCUGAACGUCCCCGUUCUCAUCUCCCUCAAACGCAACAGUCCAUCAGCCCGCGCCGCAGCAGCCAACUCGGCCGUUGACUCGCCUUUCGAGUCCUCGUCAGACGGUGUCAUCAUCCGCCGCCAAACCCCUUGCCUGUUGCCACCUCUGGACGAUGUCGUUCGAGUCACAACAGAUGCUGGGCAACAGGGCUACUGGAACCUGACCAUCGAGUUCGAGACGAACCCGAGUUUGGUGGAACAGUUCAAGGAGAACCAGACGCUUUGUUUGAGGAGGAGGCCAGCAUUUGAGGCACCCUUCCCCGCUACCUUGCGCGCUCUGGGCCGUGGUAUGGGUCCGCUUUCGGAAGAUGGGCAGCAGAGAGAUCCCUUUGAGUGGGUGUUUGGACUGGGUAAUGGUGCUGAGGGUAGUGGCUUGGAUGGCACGACUGGCACAGGCGCCGAUGCUGCUGGUGUGAAUGGCCAGGGCAUGGACAACGCACUUGGGGAGUUGGCGAAGCUGACCCACGCCGAAAGAGCGGUAGUCAUGGACCGCCUUGGCUCUGGCGGCGGCGUGGGCGAAGGCGAAGGGGCCACAACUUUUGUCGACGCCCGUCUUGUGCUUGAGAAUGAUCUGAGCGGAGGCGGCAUGCCGAGCCGAGAGAAACUGCUUGGUCUCCGUCUGUUGUUUGAAUGGAUGGAGCGGCGACAAUCCUUGUCUGUGCAAUCUCUUCCUUCUGCUACUCUACCUGCGUUGGCUACAGUGCCUGAAACUCCAGUAGCGGAUGGCACGACAGCGGGCAGGACACAUGCAAAGGGGAAGGCGAAAGCUCGAGCAGGACAUGGUCCUAUGACCAGGAGUAAAGGCAAAGGAAAGAAGGUCUCUGCAGAAGAAGAGAAGGAGCAUGGACAUGAUGUACCGAACUGGGAUGAGAUGCGCGAGGGACAUGGACAUGGACAUGGGCCGGGAGCGGGAUCAUCGUCGGGGAAUAAUUGGUGGAUGAGAGAUAGUGUCAUUGAGGAUUUGAAGGGAAGGGCCUGGUUGGUCGGACGAGAGGGUUGA